AUGGGUGGCCAAAUUUUCAGACUUUGGCUGUCGAAAAUUGGCCCCACUAAUGUGGUCCAGAGUCACGUCAGCACUAUCGUAAAGGGUAGUUUCGGGUAUGUGGAUCCAGAAUAUUAUCGACGACAACAAUUAACCGAAAAGUCUUAUGUGUAUUCUUUCGGAGUAGUGUUAUUGGAAGUGUUAUGUGGGAGGCCUGCAAUUGUGACAAGGCUAGAAAAGGAGCAAGCGAGCUUGGUUGAGUGGGGCCGUAAAUGUUGGCGAGAAGGUACCAUUGAUCAGAUUGUGGAUCCACAUCUGAAAGGUCAGAUUGUGUCGGACUGUUUAAAGAAGUUUGGGAAGAUAUUCAAAAGCUGCCUACGUGAUACUGGGCUUCAAGAGAUUGCAGAGAGGAACAUCAGCGGUGAAGAUGGGUUGAUGAGUCCCUCGGAUACUUUGCUUCAGGCGAGAAAGACCACGACCGAUGAUGACGAUGAUAUGUUGUUUUUGACGUCUCAGAGCAACGAGACCGGGACAUCAACGGCUGAGAGUGGUGCAAGGAUUGACAACAGUUUUGGUUCUCAUCAAACUGUUGUUUUCUCUGAGAUUAUGAAUCCAAAUGGACGGAAUGAAACGAGCAAUGUAGAGGAAGACCUCAGUGAGCCCGAAGAAAGCGAAGUUGAAGAAGGAUCAGUACCUGGAAAGGUUUUCAACUCUGCUGAGCUUCAUAGUUACAUGCCACCCAAACAAAACAGGAUUAAUGGGAAGAAGAAGUUUCUUGAGCUGGAAGCGAUUAACCCAUCUAUCGGACUAGGUUGUGUCGCUUCAUAUAGAGCUCAUGAUGCAGAGGAAACGAGGAGAGACAUAGGGCCUCCAAGUGGGGCCAGGAGGGUCAGGGUGUGGCAAGAGACAGAGGGUUCUAGUACCCUCAGGGUGUGUUUGAUUGGAGGACUGGAAAAUGGGGAUUAG